AUGCGCGACCAGUUAGUAUUCAUAAUGGAUGAUAGGAGAGGCGAAAAGUUCCCCCUCGACGAGCUCAACACUCCCCUCGUCAGAGGAUUUGGCGACUUUUCCAAUAUCCUGUUCCCGGAGCAUCAGGUGGUGACACGGGCCAAACCUUUCUCCGCGCCUACUUGCUCCUCUCCCCUCUACCGCCUCCUCGUGCUCCUCGGCUUGGUCGGCCUGACCGCCCUCACCAUCACCUUUCUCAUCUAUUCGCACGAUAUCUUCAAGUCCCUUGGCCCCAUCGCCGAAGCCUGGAGGCAGGCGCCCGGCGGCUGGAUCAUCAUCUGGCUCGUCGUCUUCGCCUCCGCGUUCCCGCCCCUGAUCGGCUAUAGCACGGCCAACACCGUCGCCGGCUUCAUCUUUGGGUUCCCCCUCGGCUGGCCCAUCGUGGCCUCUGCUACCACCAUCGGCUCUCUUGCCGCUUUCAUGGCCAGCCGGACAAUCCUCAGUGCCUACGUUCAUAGACUAGUCGGCAAGGACCACAGGUUUCUGGCUCUCGGUCAGGUGCUAAAGAAGGAGGGUGUCGGCAUGUUGACCAUGAUCCGAUUCUGCCCCUUGCCGUUUAGCUUGUCGAACGGCUUCUUGGCCACCAUUCCUUCAAUCACCCCUUUGAUGUUUACCCUUUCUACGGCCUUUGCCAGCCCCAAACUUCUCGUCCACAUCUUCAUCGGUAGCCGCAUCGCCCUCCUCGUCGAAGACGGUGGCAAGAUGACCGCCGGCACAAAGGCCAUCAACUACCUGAGCAUGUUUCUCGGCGGCUCGAUCGGAGUCACCGUGGGAUGGCUUAUUUACCGCCGCACCAUGGCACGCGCUGCCGAGCUUGCCCUCGAGGCCGCCACCGAAGAAGGCCUGGCCAGUUCGCCCUCGUCCCCGCGCGUCGGCGGUAAUGGCUCGGGCCUCGGGUACGCCGACUACGUUGGUAGCGACGAAUUCUCCCGAGCGACCCUUUUGGAUCCCGGUGAUGCCGCUGCCGUCUUGGCGGACGACGAUGAUAUCUCUCUGUGGGACAACACGGAUCGCGUGGGUAGCUAUUCAGACGGUGACGGCUUUGGCAAAGCCAACAACCGCUGGUAG